AAUGCUCCGCUUUUUUCAUUUCUAGCAUAAAAAAAGAUCCAAUUUUGCAUCUGUUCUGUGUUAAAAGUUCUGUAAUUUUUUUUUUCAAAAUCCCAUUUUUGAGAUCAUUCGGGAGUUGGGACAACGCAUUUUCUGUCCGAAGAAUCCCUAACCCUUUACUUCUUCUUUGUGCUUCUUCCGCAUCUGUUGUGUCUCAAUGUGGCUCACAUUACAUCGAACUCUAACUUCUACUGAUACCAAUAGCCUCAUUAUAAAAGCUCCCAAGAAAUCACCAGCAGUGUUAAGGAUGGUGGUCUUAGCUGCUGUAAUACUCUGUAGCAUUUACAUAUGCUUUGUGUGUUUGAAGCAAACCCGAGAACACAGUGUGCCUCAUACAGAAAAAAUUAAACUAACAGAAAAAACUUGUCAUUAUCCCACAUUUUCCGAAUCACAGCUUCGUUAUGUCAACUACCCCAGACCCACAAUUUAUAGCAGGGAAGAAUGCUCGUGCACACCGGUUCGCCUCUUCGCAAUUGUGUCAAUGCAGAGGUCAGGAAGCGGAUGGUUUGAGACUUUGCUCAAUAGCCAUGAACAUGUUAGUUCUCAUGGAGAGAUUUUUUUUAAAAACGAGAUGAGAAAAAAUAUGACUAUGAUUACGAAGAUAUUGGACAAAGUAUACAAUCUUGAUUGGAAUAGCAGUGCUUCUAAAAGGCAUUGCACAGCUGCUGUUGGUUUUAAGUGGAUGCUAAAUCAGGGACUGAUGGAUCAUUAUGAAGAUAUUGUCGACUACUUCAAUCUCAGGGGCGUCUCCGCAAUCCUUCUGCUUAGGAGAAAUCAUCUUCGACGGUUGGUCUCUUUGCUCGCAAACAUUCAUGAUCAAAAGGCCAAACAAUUGAACGGAACUCAUCUUGCUCACGUGCAUUCCAAAGACGAGGCAGAUAUUCUUGCAAGAUUCAGGCCCAAGAUAGAUAUUCAACAUUUAAUGAGUACAAUGCAAGACAUGAACAAAUGGUCUGCUGAAGCUUUGCAAAACUUCAAGAACUGCCGCCACAUGGUUCUAUAUUAUGAGGAUCUUGUUCAGAAUCGAACUAAGAUGAGAGAUGUGCUGGAAUUCCUGAAUGUACCUCAGAGAAGAUUAGUAAGCCGCCAUGUGAAGAUACACAGGAGUCCACUGAAAGAGCAGAUUGAGAAUUGGGAUUCUGUGGUUGAGGUAAUCAAAGGCAGUCAAUAUGAAAGUUUCCUUGCUGCUUCUGAUUAUCAGAUAUAACUUGAUGACUGUAAAUAGCUUCUAUAUUUUUUUUUAUUUGUAUUUCUGUAAUGAUAUUUUUUUUGGAGCAUUUACAUACAUACCCACCCAAUUCUUUUAUAUUUACAUAUCUAACUCCAAACUCUACUUUUUACACUUCUAUUGCCCAAUUCUUUCAUAUCACAUCAAACAUACGAUCAUUUUUAAC